AUGAGCUUCACUCAGGUGAAGAAAAAGGCGUCCCUGCUAUGCAACAAUAAGCGUGUGAAGGAGGGGAAAACAAGAAGGGUGACUCCAUCAGUUUUCACCCAGGAGAUGUUGCAGUCCACAGAGGAGCGCCUGAGUAACACAGCUGAGGUGCACCCACCUCGCAUCCUGGAGUUGCUUGACCUGAGUGCCGCUCCACAUCACAAAGGUUCUUUUCCAGAUAUAGAUCAGCCGCUUUUUCAGCCCUACCCUUCUGAGUUGGUCUUCCAGAAUUUCACUCCUGGACAGACCUACAAGUUACCACUGCUGCUUCUCAACAAUGACAAGGUUUCACGGCAAGUGAAGCUGGAGCAGCAGAACUCCGUGUAUUUCAGCGUUUUGCCUUCAAGUGAUGCACGUAGCAACGUUGCACCAGGAAUGUCUGCCACUUUCACAGUCUUCUUCACCCCACACGAAAACAAGGACUACCACCAUAGACUGGUUUGUGUGACAGAGAGGGAAAGGUUUGAGAUUCCAAUCCAGGCCAUUGGGCCACGUGCCAUUCUUGACUUUCGAGACAAGCUUGACUUGCCCGUGUGUCCCGUGAAAGCUUCAACUGAGAAGACUCAACUUGUUUGUAAUGUAGGAAACAGCAAAGCCAAAUUCAGGCUCCACACAGAGAGGCCUUUUUCAGUGACACCCGAGUUUGGUACGCUUGAUGUUGGCGAGAUUAUGCAGGUGACUGUGGUUUUCCACCCAAUGAACACAGGAAACCACAGGCAGGAUCUGUUGCUGCACUACCAUACUGGUGAAGAUGUGUACAUUAGCCUGCAUGGGUCUUGUGAGGAACUGAACAUCCACCUUGAACCUGACUCCAUCUGGAUGGAGAAUACUUAUGUCUCCCUGAUCAGUACACGCACAGUGUCCCUCACCAACCACAGUGACAUCCCUCUUCAGUACUGCUGGACUGUGUGGCCCAGCCAACAAGAAGAGGACCUGAGCUUAUUGAGGGAGGGCUCAGUGCUCCAGCAGACGGAAGAAGUCGAGCUAGGACAGUUGCUUAAGUCUGACCCUGCAGAGAUCCAUUACCUCCCGCUGCAGUCCAGAGCCCCACAGGAACACAGAAGUCAGGAUGCAAACAACUACCUCUUGGCCCUUUCACACAGCUGUAUAACUGUGGAGCCUGCGGAGGGGGAAAUAUGGCCCAGCACAACAGCAAAGUUCACCAUCAUCUUCAAGCCUGAGGAGGCCAGACUUUAUCAACAAACCAUAUACUGCGAGGUCACAGGAUGUAAAUCACCGUUACCCCUCACAGUCAAGGGCAAAGGCAUGGGCCCUCAACUUGUGCUUAACUAUGAUGGGAUGAACUUAAAAGAUUUAUUCAUAGGUGAAAGAUUUCGUCAAGAGGUGCAGUUGUCAAACAAAGGGCCAAUUGAUGCCCCUUUCAGGUGGUCAAGUCCUGACACCACUUUUGGCCGCUGUUUUUCCUUCAAUCCCGAGGAAGGUGUUGUUCCCUCUGGCGCCCUCUGCCAGAUAGUGGAAGUAUCCUUCCGCAGUCCCAUUCUGGGUUCAUUCUUUGAGGAGUUGCUGCUAACUGUGGCAGGACAACCUCAACCACUGACCUUCACUGUUGGGGGUUCCGUCAUUUGUCCCACAAUCCACUUCAGUGUUUCAGACCUUAAUUUUGGGGAUGUAGCCUUUGGUUUUCCAGUAACAGUUGGUUGUACGCUCUUCAACCCUUCCUUUGUACCCGUGAACUUCAUCCUGCGUGUCUUGGGAGACGGGCUGGGCUCUCCUAGUGUUAGCUCAUUCAAACAGAUUUCGGAUGAGUCACUAAAAGAUUGGCAAGGUCAUACUGCUAGAGAUCUUCAUCCAUGCCCUGUGGAGUUCACGGUCAGCCCGGCAGCAGGCUCAGUGCGUAGUGUGUCCGAUGUUGACAUUAAGGUCACACUGUGCUCCAACACAGUCAGGACAUACCAGCUGUCACUGGUGGUGGAUGUUGAAGGUGUUGGGGAGGAAAUUCUGACUCUGCCUAUAAAAGCUAGGUGUGUUGUGCCUCAGAUUUUGGUGGAUACUCCAGUGCUAGACUUUGAAAAGUGUUUCCUCAAUCAACCCUAUGAACAGAAAGUGCGGUUGACCAACCCCAGCAAUUUGCCUGCCUGCUACGGCAUGCUUGAUCAGGAAUAUGAGGAGAAUUCUUCACUGCUUUUAGGCAGUUCUGCACCCAGAGGAGUGAUUCAUCCGGGCAGCUCAGAGGAGCUUCCUGUGCGUCUCCUAGCUAAGGCCCCUGGAAUGCUGCAUCACACGAUACGUAUUGCUGUAUUUGGGAGCCCCCAGCCACCCCUGGAGGUGGCCUUAUCAUGUAUUGGGCACGGGCCACUAGUUCACAUUCAAACCACUCAGCUACACUUUGGCAAAAUCCCAGUUCUGAUAGACAUUGGCAAAACCCUGCUCCUGUCAAACCACUCACCUAUUCCAGCUCACUUUACUACUCUAAUGACCAUCAGAAAGCCCUUUUGGCGUAUUGAGCCCAGUGAGGGGGAGGUGCCACCAUGGAGCCAGGUGGAGCUCAAGGUCGUGGUGCAUCUGAAGGACACAGUUCAGUUUGAGGGCAAGUUAGAGGUUUCCAUACAGGACAGUCAGCCACUCACUGUCCUCCUGUCUGCCACUGGCACUGGAACUACAAUUGUCAGUGACAGGCCUUUUGGUCCCAGCCUUGACCUGGGCACCCACUUCAGUCAUGAACCAUACCAGUACCACUUCAAGCUCUGCAACCAUGGCAAGCGAGUACACCGGAUGUACUGGAAGGUCAAUACCUCACAGCCCACUGCAAAACUCUGCAAAGGUGGCAGCUUGCCCGACCAAAGCUUCCUACCCCCUAUCUGCACUCCUAAACAGAGAGAUGAUGCAAGACGUGGAUCUUCACUCCCUUCCAGCAGGGAGAAGUCGAUGGUCAGCCUUAGACCGUCUCGUCUGGAACUUUUUCCAGGUGGCUCUGCUGACAUGGUGCUGACAGUCUCUGCAGACUCCCCGAAGGUUGUACGUGAACGUCUGGUGUGCUACGCUAUAGUUGGCCAGCAAGGGUAUCAGGAGAAAAUCAUGUCUGUAGACAUUACUUGUCGCUUUGUGGCUCCGCUGCUCAGCAUUUCCUCUAAGCAGCUGAACUUCUACAUAAAGAAGGUCAAAGGGGAGAGUGUGCGGCCCCUGUAUGAGAAGCUGAUCUUGAAGAACGUGUCCUCUCUGCCUGUAUCCAUGAAGCUGUCGCUCAUAGAACCUUUCUCUCUGUGUGAGGCCCCAGGGGAGCACAGUACAGCCACCACUAAGUCUGUGGUUUUAGGCGACAAGUGUGAGGCUGAGUUGUGGGUAUGCUUUAAUCCAGCUUUCUAUAAGGGUCGAGUGUCUCACAUUGUGGAUGAGUAUCUUGAGGUAAAUUACUUGGGACACCCACAGCAGGAUGUAGUGGACCUGCAUGCAGAGGUCCACUACCCCAACCUCGACUUCCCCUCCAACACUGUAGAUUUUGACUGUGUGUUAAACUGCACAGAGACUCACAAAGUCCUGACCAUCACAAACUGUUCCCUGCUUCCUGUGUCCUAUCACUGGACCUUUCUGGAUGACCACACUAACAUCAGAAAAACAGAGAUGCUGAAAGGAAAAAAGAAAAAGAAGCAGAAACUUUCAGAAAGUCAAUUGGAAGAAUGGAGGCUCUCCUCUGCAACUCUUUCACCUGCCUUUUCAGCUCCUCAAACCCCCCUGCUAGCUGCAGAUCAACAGAGCAGCACACAAGGUUCUGUUCGUGUGGAGGAGGUAUUUGAUAUCUUGCCGAUACAUGGUCACCUGCAACCUGGGGAUCAGCAGGCAGUCACGUUCUCUUUCUACGGCCACGAAAAUAUCAGCAGACAGGUGGUCGCGCAGUGCCGUGUAGAGGACGGGCCUACAUAUGAAAUCAUUCUCAGAGGACACGCAUCAGAAAUCAGCUACACCCUUGACACCACCCAUUUGGACUUUGGCCAGCAGCUUUUUCAUUGUGUAGGUGAAGUUGAUGUAACCCUGACAAAUACGGGCAAGGUGGGCUUCAAAUAUGGUAUACACCCUCAUAGAGAGGAGGAGGAGGAAGGGGUUGGUGAGAAGGAAGUACGGCAGAUGAAGGUCUUUGAACAUGAGGUCAGACCUGGUCGGCCUACAGUUAUUCCUGCUCAGGGUUACCUUGAUGCUGGUAUGGUACAGGUUCUCCGUGUACUCUACCUUCCGGGCAUUCCUGAAGUGUUUAAGAAGAAGCUUCAGAUGCAGGUGGCUUUCCUACCACUGGAGGAGAUCACUCUGACUGGUUUGGGAGUGUUCCCCAGGAUCAGCCUGAAUUUACCACGAAACCUGUCGGAGGAGUGUUAUAGUGACGUGUUACAGCAGGCCAGAACAGCUGUGGAGAGAGAUGGAGUCAAAGAGAAGCUUAUGAAUGAAAUUACUGUUUGGGAAGGAGCAGCAACAGAGGCGAUGCGCACACUCACAGUCAGUAACUUCAUAUUAUAUGAAGAUCUGCUUCACAUGGAAAUCGAACGAUUGUUGGUCAAAAAAAAUGCUCUUGCUGUGGCUAAUAACUUGCUGGAGACUGAAGAACCACAAGAGUCCUUCAGAAAGUGGAACAAGCUAAUAAAGUUCCAACUCCCAGAAUACAUUCUGGAUUUUGGUUUUGUCAUUCCUGGGAAAGCCGUGAGUCGUGCUGUAAAAGUCAGCAAUAAUGGAUCAAUACCUGUGUCUUUCCAUCCCACUAGCAAACAUCUUGGGGACACAGGUUUCACAGUAGACUUUGAAAGCAUGAAGAACCAACCCCGUGAUGAGACGAAGAGUUUCACAGUUAAAUUUGACCCUCAAGGAGUCAACCUGGAUUUGGGUUAUAAGAGUGCUAUUCUCCCGAUCCAGGUUGCAGGUGGCCCAACGGUGCAGGUGCGACUGUGUGCAGUGGUAACAAUGCCAGCUGUCACCGUUUCCAGUGAUAUGAUUCAAUUUGAUACUCUGCAGUGUGGCAUGUGUCAGAUGAAGGCAAUACAGCUGCUGAACCAUGAGUCUGUGCCAUGUCACUGGAGCAUAACUGAGGAGGUUAAGCCUUUUAAAAAGAUCGAUAAGUUCCUGCCCCUCUACAAGCGUAAAAAAGCCUUGCAGGAGCAGCGUCCACCUCCAGUGGUGUUUGAGAUGGUUCCCUCCUCUGGUGUGCUGUCCCCUGGUGAACGGGUCAAUGUCCACAUAAAGUUCAAGCCUGCUGAUGGGUGUCCUUACAACAGACGGCUAGUGGUGCGAGUCGCUGACAGCACCCAGGAGGUGUUCAUCACAGCUCAGGGUCAGGGUGAGGAUCCACAUCUCGAGUUCUGCCCUUCGGUACUCGAGCUGGGCCCUCGUCUCCCUGCCAGCACUGACGUUGAAGCUGAGGUUACAGUGAAAAACCCCUGUUCUUUCCCCAUUGAGUUUUACUCCCUGGAGUUUGACACACAGUAUCUCCAGGAAGAAGAGAUUCUGCAUUUGAUGCAGGAUUAUAAAGACAACAGUGUGUUACUACUUCCUCCACGUGCCCCGGGAGAAGGGCUUCCCUCAGAACUGCUGGAAAAUUACAAGGAGUAUUGCUCCAAGAUGAAAGAUGAAGAGCUGAAGGCAGUUUUCUCAGAAUUGACCAGAUUGGCGAGCAGCGAGAGUCUAAGACAGUUCGAGAUGACCCCUGUCUGCAGAGCAGUUGCCCGACACAUGGGUGUUGACCUGUCACCCGAGGCUCUCGUUGCACGCAACUGCAGAGGCAUUGCUAUUAUCGUAUAUGGAGCCCCACUGACAGAUAAGAGCAGCAUAACAGCUGCUCUGACACUUCGGUAUGGAGCAGCAUGCCUCUGUGUUGAUGAUGUGGUUACAGAUAUGCUUUUAAAUGGCACUUCACCAGUUAGCCUGACAGCCAGACAACUCUUUGACUUUGCUGCUACAGAGCAUGCUCAGAAAAAUGCUAAGGAAGCUGGUAAGCUGGAAGCUAAAGAAGGAGGAGAUGUGACCACACUGAGGAGUCUGUUGCCUGAGUAUUUACUGGUUGAUAUCCUAGCAGAAAGAUUUCAGUUAAGCGAUUGUUAUCGUGGAAUAGUGAUUGAUGGCCUGGACUCAGCGUACACUCGGGUUCCAGCGAGCACUCUGCAGGUUGUUCUCAAGGCCUUAAGUAACCGCAAACACAUCUAUUUGGUCAACUUAUCUGACUCUUAUACAGCCCUGAAGGCACGGGAAAGAGCUCAAAGAGAAGCUGAAGAGGCUCUGCAGAAGGAGAAAGCUGCCAGGGAGGAACAAUGGCUGCAGGACAUGGAUGAGGAGGAGUAUAAUGCUCUGCCACAGGAGGUGAAGGAGCGCAUUAACAAAAAACACAGAGAGGAAUUCCGACAGCAGAAGUUCAGGGAGCAGAUGGCGAAAGAGCUGGAAGAAAAGAGGCAACAGGAAGAGAACCAAAGGUUAAAAGAGGUGGGAGGAAAGAAGGAAAUUAAAGAACCAUCAAGGAAGAAGAGCUUGCUGGGGAUAAAGCAGUCAACAGGGGCAUUGAAUGUGCUAAGGGCGUCUUCUGUUAAUGACUCCAAAGAGUCACUAGGGAACACAAAAGAGCAAUUUCAUCUAAAUGAAGAGCAUCAUAGCAAAGAGGCUGAUGAGCCACAGAAGCAGACAGAAGGAACCAAAGGAACCACAGGUUCUCCUCAACCCACAGACACACUGGAGAAAGACAAGUCCCGGGUGGAGAACCUGCAGUCUCAGUUCUGUCAAUAUGAGGAGAGCCAAGCCCUGGUGGAGCAUAUCCUGCAGCACUGGGACCGGCGCCGGGGAUUGUUGUUGGUCCCACUCCCCACUGAAGAUGCUUUAGGGUCAACUGAAGUUAUAACAGAGAAGCAGUCCUCUGCUGAUAAGAAGAGCAGGAGAGUUGGUAACAAGCUCAUAUCACCUUUGCACAGUCAAAUAGCAGGACUGUCAGAAGCAGAGAAGGCAGAAGACAAGGCAUCUCCUCUGGACAUUCCAUAUAUUGUGUUAAAUGUAACAGAAAAAGACUACAUGAGCAUCAUAAGCAGCUCUUUGCCUCCCCUAGAUGAGGUGUUGGAUGAUUUAGGGAUAGGUCCUAGUGGCCCUCCAAUCCCUCCUCCUGUCACCUUCUCUGUCGUUCCUUUUCCCAAAAAAAGAGAGCAAGCUAAACUAGAACAGACCUGUUUCACCUUCCUGAUUCCUUCAGGGCUGGAUGAAAAGGACAAGGACAAAAAAGAGGACGAGCUGCAAGCAUCCAUUGUAAAGUUAUCGGAAGAGGCAACAGGCUCUAAAAGUCAUGGCAAGGCCACCAUUAAGGACAGUGCAAUGGCGAAGGACAAGGAUAAAACGGGCCGAGAGAUUCACAGGAGCAAGAAACAAACUCCCGCCAAGACAAAAGCACAGGGACCAGACCGUCUCGGGUCACGUUCACAUGCCUCCUUCCUCCCCGAGGACACUGACCAAGAAGAACAUCAAGCAAACUUGGAACAAAAACGCAGCCAUAUCCUGACAGCAUUUCGCUGGGUUGUGCCAGCUGGCGGUGAGGUGGUACUCAAGAUCUGGUUCUACUCAGAGUCACCAGGAACUUUUAAACAUACCUUCAACUUUGAGAUAGUCGGGACCCGGAGACUCAACCAGCUCAUCUGCAGAGGAGUUUCUACCUAUCCUUCCAUCUGCAGCGAUUACACGACUGUGUUUCCCCACAGUAAGAAAGUCACUCAAAGUAAAGAAGGGCUUCUGAAGACCUAUGUAAUUAAACCUGGAUACUUUGAGUUUGGACCUUUGCUCUGUGGCAAGACCAGAGACAGAUACAAGGAAAACAGGUACCCUGAGAACUCAGAGAAGCUGGUGAUUCACAAUAACUCAUGUCUGGAGGCUGAGGUCCAAUUCAGUUUCAAGCAUGAUACGCAGGCCACCACAUAUCUGUUGGACCCACCAGCCAUGACCCUCAAACCGAACCAGAAACAGGAGUUGACGCUUUGGUCAUACCCAACAAAAGUAGGACAAAUGAAGGACAGCUUGAUUUGCCAGAUCAAAGACAAUCCUGAGCUUGUGGUCAUUGAGCUUUCGUGCUGGGGCGUUCGGCCAGAGUUGGAGUUGGAAAGCAAGCAUUUGCACUUUGACAGGAUUUUGCUGCACAGGAGGGACAGCCGCAGCAUUAUGAUGUAUAAUAAGACAGCUCUGCCAGUGUCCUGGAGACUGCAGGGUGUAGAAGAGUUGGGUGAUGAGGUCACUGUGCCACAAGAUCAGGGCAUCAUCUCACCUAACUCUUCUUUCCCUUUGAGCUUGCGCUUCAGAGCCCGAAGGCCACUCAAUAUUAAGAGAAUCUUACGUCUGGAGGUAUCCGAUGUGGAUAAAAUUCUAGGUGUUGUAUACACUGAAAAUAUUCAGGUUACUGCCGAAGCCUAUGAUGUGGACCUGGAAAUCAGUCCAGAUGGCUGUCUUAAUUUUGGAACCAUCAGAGUCUUUGAGGAGGUCAGACUGUCUCUCAGAUUGAAAAACCAAGGAAAAUAUGAAGUAUCUUACAAGUUUAAUGUUGAGCAGACAGACCCAGCACAGCCAGACCUAAACUCCAUUUUCAAAGUGUCUCCUCAGUGUGGUAGUCUGAUGCCCAACAAGCCCACAACAGUGAACAUCCUCUUCAAACCUGAUGUGGAAGUGUUCAUUAAAGACCAACCUAUCCUGCCUUGCCAGGUGAUUGAACCGAGCAUUGGGACAGGAGGAGAAACUGUAGCUAUCGUGGCGAUCAGGGUAUCAGCCCGAUCUGUUUUCACCAGGUACAAGAUCACACCUUCAUCUGACUUGAACUUUGGUCCUCUGAUCUAUGGCAACAAGAAAAGCCAAUGCUUCACCAUUGAAAACAAUGGGGUCUUUGAGGCCUCUUUCACCAUCUGCCGCAUGAUCACAGAUCCCGUGAGGACAGGGGGUCCAGGUAAGACAAUAUCAAGAGAGACCCUUUCAGGGAGGCCUAAUGCUGCCAAAAUACCACCAGAAUCCUUUCAGAGUUUUCUUCAGAAUCGCCUCAGCGUGGGUAUGUUCUCAGUGUCUCCCUGCAUUGGGAGCCUACAGCCAGGGUCUCAGCAGCUGGUGACAGUGGACUGUGCAGCUGAACAGCUGGGCAGGUGGAGCCAGGGUCUGCACAUUGACAUCAUUGGGCGUGACCCCUCAGACCAUCCUGAUGGCAUACCCUACACACUGCUGGCUGAAGUCUGCAAGCCAGGUGAGAGCUUAUUGGAUAUGGCCUCCAUCUUUGAGGAACACCAUCUGUGCUGCAGCACGAGUCAGCUUUCUUCAGAGCAGUUUUGCAAUGCUGAAGGGAUUUUUGUGCUGGAUGAAAAUAAGUUUAUCUUCAACAAAAUCCUUGUGGGUCAAACCAGCCAAGCUCGCUUCAAACUCACCAACAGCAGCAAGGUCCCCUGCAUGCUCAGCUUGGCCAUCAGAAGUGCUGGGCCUAAGUCAUCCCGACACAUUGAGGUCUUUGACUUGCCUGUGACAACGCUGAACAUUCCCAGCCUCUCGCACGCGUUUGCUGUUGUCACCUUCACACCUCAGGCAAUGCAGCAUUACAGUGCUGUGUUUGAGGCCAAGGUGGAGGGAAGUGGAAGAGUGACACCCACAAUUAAGACCAGCGUGCUGGAGUUUGACCUUUUGGGACAAGGCACUCUGCCCAGUGUUUGUGUGGUACGUCCAGGUCUGAGAGGCAGUAAAGGAAGCCCAGUGCUGCACUUCAGACGGGUACCGUUAGGGCGCAGACAUAUCCGGCCCCUGGUGCUGCUAAAUAAUGGAAAUGUUCCAGCUGAGGUCCAGAUGGACAUGCUGGAUGAGCAUGGUGUGUUCACCCUAAAAGCUGCGUCUGACAACGUUAACACCUCCGUGGACUCCACACAUGCUUCAGAGCACAAACCGGUGCACAGAGUAAACCUAAAGCUGAAGAUUAAUGAACCAGUGGAGAUUGAGGUUGGCUUCUGCUCUGAUAAACCCUUGAGUGUCAAGGCAAAAAUGUCACUGCAAGUGAAGGACAAUCAGCAGAGCAACACUACAAUAGAAGUAACAGGAGAGGCUUACCAGCCAAUCAUCUCUCUAGAUCACAUCAGCAGGUUGUUGCAGGACAUAGAUCAUGAAGGUGAAGAAGGUAAUUAUGAUGUGCUGAAUUUUGGUGACUGCCAUGUAAACGUUCCAUACAAAGAAAGUUUUACUAUGACCAACCACAGCAGCAGCCAGGUGCUGAGGUUUGAGUGGCCCCCUAGUGGACCUCAUGUCAGCUUUUCACCACAGGUGGGACACCUUCAUGCUGGUUGCUCUAAGGAAGUGAUUGUCACAUUUACCUCCAGCGAGCCAGUGACUCUGUCUCAGCUGCAAAUGAGAUGUAAGGUUUGCCAGGUGGAGUUCCAGCAGCCUGUAGAGGAGGUAGCUGACUGGGAUGACCGACACAAGACGGUACACUGGCUGAAUUCUUCAGAGAAAGCUUCAGAUGUAUCCAAACAGGCUGUAAAGGACAAGGUGAUAAGAACAGAUCCUGAGCCUUGCUGCUCUGUGGUCGACGGCUGUCAGGUGGAGCUUGAAUUACGCGUCAGUGCUGUCUGCGACUAUGUGAAGUUAAGCUGCAGCACAGACACCAUCUGCUUUGAGAACACCAUGCUUUUCCAAACCAGACUGCAGCAACUGCAGGUAGUGAAUGAGGGAAGUAUGAAGGUGGAAUUCUCCUGGGAAGUUCUCAUGGAUCCAAGCAGCAAUAUUGUCAGCUGUGACCAAGAAGAGGGGACCUCGACUUCUCGACCUGGCAGCAGAUCAGCAGGAUCGCUGACUGAAGCCCGUCCUCUAGCGAACUUGUUGUCACUUCUAAUGUUGAACCCUGAGCUGCCUCCUUUCAGCGUUGAACCCAGCGUAGGGACCAUGAACCUGGGUGCCAGGCAGAACUUCACUGUUCGCUUUUUACCCCUGCAGGUGUCCACUUUUCAGGGAAAGCUGUUUUGCAGUAUUCAGAACUUGCAGGAUGGGGAACAGGCCCCGUGUAUCUCAGUGUGUGGCCGCAGCCUGUUGCCCCAAUUCCACUUUGACCUGGAAGAUUCAGACUACAUCAGUGGGAACCGUCGUAACUCUGAAUUCAGUGGCACUCUGGACCCAAACACCAGAAUUUUGGAGAUUCAUGCCAUUGGUUUGUCUGUGCCAUCAACAAGGUCUUUUAGUGUGGUGAACCCAACCAGUAAGCCCUACUCAUUCAAAUGGAGGUGUGAGGACAAAAGUAGGAGCCAUUUCCACUGUCUCGUUCCAUCUGGCGUCAUUCCCCCUGGGAACAAAGCAGAAGUGUGUUUUGAGUAUGUUGCCAAGCAGCUGGAUGCAGUGGAGUCCUUCUGGACCUUCACUGUUGACACUCUAUUGCUGUCUGUUCCCUUCCUGUGUGUGGGCACUGCUAGAGAACCACUCACCUAUCUUGACAGACCUCACUUUGACUUUGGGGAACUGCUUCUUGGACAAAAAGUGGAACAGGCAGUUAAUUUUGUGAAUGAAGAGGACGAGCCCUUCCAUUUCUCUGUGGUUCCUUCAUCUCUUUUCUGUGAAGACCAGCAAUCAAGGCUCAUAUUGGAGCCCAUGACUGGCACAGUGGCACCCAAAAACAGGUUGCCAUUAUUGGUGUCGUUCACACCUUCCUGUGAAGGUUAUGUGAAUUUCAAAGUGGUUCUGAGGGUAAAGAAGAAGUCAGAGCCACUCACACUGAUCAUUAAGGCUAAUUGUUUCACCCUAAGCACUUCUGUACAAGUUGAGAAGCCAGAGGGGGGCCUCAAAAUGAUUGCCCCCAACCACCAAGAAACUCUGGACUUUGGGGAGGUCGGGAUUUCAGAGCAAUCCACUUUUACUUUUCUGGUGUCCAAUCUGUCAAGAUUCAUCCUGGAAGUGAACUUUGAACUAACGGGUCCCAAAGCACUGCAACAGCACUUAGUCACAAAAACACAAAAUGCUGCCAUCGAUGCUGGGAAGCAGCUGCAGUCUUCACUGUGUUUUUUCCCCCAAUGCAUUUGCAACCUCAAAGACGUCAAACUAAAUAUCAAGGUGAAACGUGGGCCAACAUUUGCCUUUGAUAUAAAAGGCAAGGCUGUAUCACCCAGUCUCGAAUUCUCCUCUACCAAGCUUAACUUCGGGAAGUGCUUCUUGUACUGUCCUGGUAUGGAACCGGCAACUCAGACCCUAGUGUUAAGGAACAACGGCAAAAGGGACAUCAGCAUCCAGUGCCAGUUCAAGAACACUGCUUUCUUGGAGAUGGACUUCCAUGCAGAUAUUUUGUCACCUGGUGGUGUAAAAGAGAUACCAUUCACCUUUUAUCCUCGUGAGCCAUGUCAGUAUCACGAGAAGCUCACCUUCAUCUUAAACAGCUGUGUCACAAAACAGGUGGAGAUACUGGGGCAGGGCAUUGAGAUGAAGCUGGAAGUUGAGCAUCCAAGGCAGAAGAAGGUGAAAUUGGGACCUCUGAAACUGGGUCAGAAGAUGAAAAAACAGGUGGUUCUAGUAAAUCGCAGCAGUAUCGACCUUUCUUGCACCCUAAUGCUCAGCACAGAUACACCAAUUGAUCAAAAGGAUCUGUCUUUCAGUCCAGAAGGUGAGCUGAAGCUGAAGUCUAGUGGCGGGUCAUGUAAUGUUCAGAUCCAUUUCUCACCUCAUCAGCGCAUUCGUCCCUUCAUUGCUGAGCUGCAGGCAAAGUGUUUAGGCUUGAUCCAACCCCUGCUGACCAUCCAAGGCUCUUGCCAGGGUGUCGAAGUUCAGCUGGACCAGGACUGCCUUUCCUUUGGAGCUGUGGUCCAGCACUGCCAGGUCAAGAAGAAGAUUAUCAUGACAAAUACUGGCGACAGUAGUGCCAGGUUUAACUGGAAAACAGAGGAUUUUCCUGCAGAGUUGUCCAUUGUGCCAUUAAAAGGAUUUAUCAACCCAGGGAUGGAAGUUCCCUUUCAAGUGACGUUUGCCCCUGUGGAGCUGCGUAAUGACACAAGAUAUGAGAAUCUGUCCUGCUUUGUGGAGGGUUCCUCCUCACCCAUCACCCUUACUGUCACUGGCUCCUGCAUCGCCACCUCCACCAGCAGAGAGGUGGUGAAUUUUGUUUGCCCAGUUCGUGGCUCUCACACUCAGACCCUGUCUGUGCUCAACCCCACAAACCAGUGUUGCAGCAUCGCAGCUGUCAUUGAGGGUGAGCACUGGAGUGCUGCACUCUCUGUGAACUUCAAGCCCCACCAGAACACGGCAUUCACAAUCACCUACCGACCUAUGACCAUGACUGCUUCUGGAAAAAAACAUCAGGGAUCAGUCUUUUUUGCUUUUCCCGAUGGGACAGGCAUGCUGUACUCCUUGCAGGGAACUGCUGAUCCUCCUAAAGCAGAGGACACUAUUGUGCACGAGCUGCCGGCAAAAACUAGCCACACCGUGCUGCUUCCUGUGCACAACUGGCUCUCUAGGCAACAGCGGUUCCUUGUGCAGCUAGAGAUAGUGAAGCCUGAUAAACCAGAUGCUACAGUGUCCCUCAGGGGCAUCAAGUUCAUCGAUGUCCCCGCCCAUGCUAACAGGGACUAUGAAAUGUCUUUCUUUACAUAUACAGAGGGACAGUUUAACACCAAGGUGACAUUCCGUAACCAUGAGACAGGUGAGUACUUGUUCUACCUCGUUACCUUCAAAGCCACGUCUCCAGGAGUCCUGUCCACCAUAGAGUUAGUGACAGCAGUUCGCCGCACGGCCUCAGCCACCGUUCAAGUAGAGAACCCCCUGACCACAGCUUCCUGCCUCACCACUGAGUGUAAAAGCCGUGAUAUCAUUGUCCCACCUCAGCACACAGUGCCAGGCCAGUCCAAGGGUGUUUUGCCUUUCGAGUACAAGCCUCUGCAAGCAGGCGAGUAUACAGCACGGCUAACUUUGUUCAGCAGUGAGCUGGGCCACUUCCACUACGAUUUGUUUCUCAGAGCUCUGCCUCCAGCACCAGAGAAAACUGUGCACUUUAACGCUUUACUGGGCCGCAGCCACACCGUCACUGUAAAGUUUAUCAACUAUGCCCGCUUCAAAACCUCAUACUUCUGUAAGACUGAUUACCCAGACUUUAUCGUGGACAAGAGUGUGAGUGUAACUCCGGGUUUCCACGCGGGCUCAGAGGCCAGCGUGGACGUCUGUUUUGAGCCUUCUCAGCUGGGAGAAGUGAAAGGCCAGCUCAGCCUGUCUUCGGGAGUUGGUGGAGAAUACAUAUUUCCCUUACAUGGGUUAUGCUUACCCCCCCAGUCUCAGGGCCCGUUCAGCAUUAAAGCUGGUGGGAACAUCAUCAUCCCCUUCAAGAAUAUGUUCCUGCAAACUACAGCUUUCUCUUUUCUGGUUGACAACCACCAUUUUACAGUCAAAGGAGGGGGAAGCAUCAAAUCCAAAGAGAUUCAGAACAUCCAGGUGUCCUUUGAGGCUCCUCCAGAUGGCUCUCCAGGACCGUGGUUUGGCACCUUGACCAUCUCCAGUCAGUGCUCUGAGGGCCACAGGAAGCCCUACUCAUGGGUCUAUUACCUGAAGGGCCACCGCCCCGAGUCAUAG